GAGAGCAAAAAGCGACUAGUCCACUUCAGAGCAGCUCAUUUAGUGUGUGAUCGUCAAGGAGUACAGGUCUCGGAGUUCUUUGAUUGUUCCCCGUGUGUCUUUCUGUGCUUUUAGGAGAGAAGCAGCAGAAGAACAAGCAAGAAGAGAGUGAAGUGUUUUAAUAGUUAAGAUCCAGCUAUUUAAAAAAAGACAAGUUUUUCUCGUUCCGUGGAAAAACUCGCAAGUUUUAAAACUCGAAUUAGUUCAACUUUGUUAAGGAACAAAAACCUUUAUCACCAUGAGAGAAAUCGUUCACAUCCAAGCCGGACAGUGCGGAAACCAAAUUGGAGCUAAGUUUUGGGAAAUCAUCUCCGACGAGCAUGGAAUCGAUGCCACCGGAGCCUACCAUGGUGACUCAGAUCUGCAGCUGGAACGCAUCAAUGUGUACUACAACGAAGCCUCCGGCGGCAAGUAUGUGCCACGUGCCGUGCUAGUCGAUCUGGAACCCGGUACCAUGGACUCUGUCCGCUCGGGACCAUUCGGACAGAUCUUCCGCCCGGACAACUUUGUCUUCGGACAGUCCGGUGCCGGUAACAACUGGGCCAAGGGACACUACACCGAGGGUGCCGAAUUGGUCGACUCAGUGCUGGACGUUGUCCGCAAGGAAGCCGAAUCGUGCGACUGCCUGCAGGGAUUCCAGCUCACCCAUUCGCUCGGAGGUGGUACCGGUUCCGGUAUGGGCACACUCUUGAUCUCGAAAAUCCGUGAGGAAUACCCCGACCGAAUUAUGAACACAUACUCAGUUGUCCCAUCGCCAAAAGUAUCAGACACCGUCGUAGAACCCUACAACGCCACCCUUUCAGUGCACCAGCUGGUCGAAAACACCGACGAGACGUACUGUAUCGACAAUGAAGCCCUGUACGAUAUCUGCUUCCGCACCCUGAAGCUCACAACCCCAACCUACGGUGAUCUGAAUCAUCUCGUCUCGCUGACCAUGUCUGGAGUUACCACCUGCCUGCGUUUCCCCGGUCAACUGAAUGCCGAUCUGCGAAAACUGGCUGUCAACAUGGUUCCAUUCCCACGUCUGCACUUCUUCAUGCCUGGUUUCGCUCCAUUGACCUCCCGCGGCUCGCAACAGUACCGUGCCCUGACCGUUCCAGAACUGACCCAGCAGAUGUUCGAUGCCAAGAACAUGAUGGCCGCCUGCGACCCACGACAUGGACGUUACCUGACAGUUGCCGCCGUUUUCCGUGGACGCAUGUCGAUGAAGGAAGUCGACGAACAGAUGCUGAACAUCCAGAACAAGAACAGCAGCUACUUCGUUGAAUGGAUCCCCAACAACGUCAAGACUGCCGUCUGUGAUAUUCCUCCACGAGGAUUGAAGAUGUCCGCUACCUUCAUCGGCAACUCGACCGCCAUCCAGGAACUGUUCAAGCGUAUCUCCGAACAAUUCACCGCUAUGUUCCGUCGUAAGGCUUUCUUGCAUUGGUACACUGGUGAGGGCAUGGACGAGAUGGAAUUCACUGAAGCCGAGAGCAACAUGAACGAUCUGGUGUCCGAAUAUCAACAGUACCAGGAGGCGACCGCCGACGAGGAUGCCGAAUUCGACGAAGAGCAGGAAGCUGAAGUUGACGAAAACUAAACUAAUUGAGCUCUCAUUCAUUCACACACACGAACCUGCCUUCCCUUCUCUACCUACCCCGCCCCUCUCC